GGCACUGAAGUCCCAGAGAGUAGCUAUCUAGACCGUGAAAGUGCCUUCAGUGAAUCAGAUCUGUUUCCUGAUGAAGAUACCAUGACCCUGGCCCAGCAGGAAGUCCACCAUGAGUCUGAUAUGGACAGUGCCAUUGAAAGUAACCACAGCUCAGAAGAAGCAUCAGUUGUGUGCAAAGUUGAGAAGGAUGGUGUGUUGAGUGGCCUCUUCCUGCCUGGAGAUAAAUCAAGUCUGCUGAAUCCUUCUGCAUCUUCUGAUCUUUCCACCUAUUCCACUGCCUCCCUGAUCAGUAAUGAAGAACAGUUUGAAGACUAUGGAGAAGGAGAUGAUGUAGACUUCACCCCCAGCAGUCCUUGUCUUGAUGAUGAAAGCAGGACACAUGCUUAUUCUGACCUUGGUUCAUCUGUUUCUUCCAGUGCUGGUCAGACCCCACGGAAAAUGAGGCACAUCUAUAACAGUGAGCUCUUAGAUGUCUACUGCACACAGUGCUGCAAGAAAAUCAACCUGCUUAAUGAUUUGGAAGCCAGGCUGAAAAACCUAAAAGCCAACAGCCCAAACAGGAAGAUCUCUAGUACGGCUUUUGGCAGGCAGCUUUUCCACAACAGCAAUUUCAGCAGUAGUAAUGGCAGCACAGAGGACUUAUUCAGAGAUAGCAUAGAUUCGUGCGACAAUGAUAUCACUGAAAAGGUGACUUACUUAGAAAAAAAAGUGACAGAGCUGGAAAAUGAUACUGUAACAAAUGGUGACCUGAAGAGUAAAUUGAAACAGGAGAAUACACACCUAGUUCACAGAGUGCAUGAGUUAGAAGAACUACUGAAAGACCAGGAGACUUCAGCUCAACAGACCUUGGAAGAAGAGAUCAAGAGGCACAGAGAAGCCUACAGCAAAUAUGAGAAGGAGAAGAGCACUGAGAUUGAGCUGCUAAACACACGGUAA